AAUCAAGCAAACGCAUUUGCGGACAUUAGAAAAGAGGGGUCGAAGUGAGCGGGGGAGGGAAGCGUUUCCAUUCUUUCGUCCCCCUCGUCCUCCUCCCCACGAGUCGUACGUAGCAAGCUUUCCUGUCUCUCUAGAUCUCGAUUCAUCUGCUGGGACGGGAAGAAGAAGAAGAAGAAGAGUCAGGAGUUCAUGGAUUUGCCGAGCACAUGGGACGGCCUGCGCAAACAGGCCAAAAAACUUGAGGCACAAUUGGAUGAGCAAAUGAACUCGUAUAGAAGAGUGGUUGCUACCAAAGCAGAUGGUGCUGACAAUGAAAUCGAGUCUGAAAUAAACAGGCUACUUAAACAGCUGCAGGGUGUAAAUUCUCAGAUGCAAGUGUGGGUAUCGUCUGGAAGAUCAGAAGUCCUUUCUCAUACACUGACUAGGCAUCAAGAGAUUCUUCACGAUCUUAUUCAGGAAUUUUCCAGGCUUCAAUCAAGCGUUAGAGCUAAGAAAGAACAUGCAGCACUAAUUGAAGACUUUAGAGAGUUUGAUCGUACUAGAGCUGAUCUAGAAGGUAAUGGUGGUUCCGUAGAGCAGGCCCUUCUUAAAGAGCGGGCAGCUGUUAACAGAAGCACAGGACAGAUGGACAAUGUUAUAUCACAAGCCCAGGCUACCUUAGGAGCACUGGUUUUUCAACGCUCGACAUUUACUGGUAUCGGCACCAAAAUUACUGAUGUCAGUGGGCGCUUACCAACGGUGAACAAUAUUCUCUCUUCAAUAAGAAGGAGAAAGUCAAUGGAUACAAUCAUCCUUUCACUUGUUGCUGCUGCUUGCACAUUUCUUAUUCUGAUUUACUGGCUGUCGAAGUAGGCUGUUGUAAUUAUGAAUAGUCCACAUUCUCUUGUAUACCAGCGCCAUAUUUUAUGCCUUUUUGUAAAUAAAACAGCUGCAAUUUUUGGUUCACAAACACGAUGUUCAUUUCCUUUUUUAUAUCUACCAUUAUGUUCACUCUUC